AUGAUGCCACAAUCAAAACAAUCACUUCAACAAUUAUUAGAAACACUCAGAAGUCCAAAAACACCAGAACAGCAACGCCAAAUAUUACAAAUACUCAAAAGCAAUCGUCCUUUGAUGGCUGCAUUUAUAAAACAAAGAGAGCAACGAAUGGCCCAACAACAUGCUGGAGCCGUUAAUCAAAUGGGUCCUAGUCAACAACAGCAACAAAGUGGUCAACAACAUGCUGGAGCUGUUAAUCAAAUGGGUCCUAGUCAACAACAGCAACAACAGCCACCUCCACGAUCACAAGCACAACAACAACAAUUACAAGAAAGAUUACAACAAGCACAAUCAUUGAGAAAAGCAAUGGCUGCAAUAAAAAGACGUCAAGCUGGUGCUCAAGUUAAUGCAAUACAACAGCCGGAACCAGUACAACAACAGCAACAACAAUAUCCUGGUCAACCUGGAUUAGAUAUGGGAGUUGGUCCAAUGACAAGGCCAUCAAGUCUUAUUGGAAGUGGUGUUGUACCUGGUGGUGUUGGUGUUGGUGUUGGUGGUGGACCUUGUGAAGGACCACCAAAUGCAAAUGUAAAUAUGCAAUCAAAGCAACCACUUCUACAUUUAUUACGAGUACUCAGAAGUCCAAGUACACCAGAACAGCAAAGCCAAAUAUUACAAAUACUCAAAAGCAAUCCACCUUUGAUGGCUGCAUUUAUAAAACAAAGACAGCAUCAUCCUGCUCAACAGCAUGCUGGAGCUGUUAAUCAAAUGGAUCCUAGUCAACAACAACAACAGCAACAAUCACAACAAUUCGAACAGAUAAAGGAAAUAUUACAUUCAAAUUUACCAGAUAAGACAGCACAAGGACUAUCAACUGGUAAUAUACAAACAAGUGGACAACCAGCUGAUCCAAAAUAUCGUGCAUUAAUUCAACAACAACUUGUAUUAUUAUUACAUGCACAUGAAUGUCAAAUACGCGAAGGUUCAGCAACAAUUGGUAAAUCAUGGUGUUGUACAUUACCACAUUGUAAAACAAUGAAAAAUGUAUUGACACAUUUGACAACAUGUGAAGAAGGUAGAGAAUGCUCAAUGCCUCAUUGUAGUUCAUCUAGACAAAUAAUAACACAUUGGCAACAAUGUCAACGCACUGAUUGUCCUGUGUGUAUUCCAUUAAAACAAACUGAUAAAAUAAAAGCAGCUGGUGGUUUAGGACUUGGUGUACGUGGUCUUGGAGCAGUUAUGCAAGGUCCACCACCAGGUGCAAUGACACCAACUGAUGUAAGACUUGCACAACCACAAACUGUUCAACCAAGACCUUUUGUACAACAAGUUUGGAAUCAAUUUAUUGUUCCAAAUGUAUCAUUACCAUUAAAUUCUGAUCCAACAACACUAUCAGCACCAAUUGUUAAUCAAAAUGUAACAACAACUGGUUCAGUAACAAUACCACCACAACCUCAACAACAACAGCAAUCACUAUCAUCAAUAACAGCAAAUAUUCAUCAAUUAUCAUUGGACAACAAGUCCACCAACAAUCAAUAAUAUUAAUAGUAAAGAGAGAACAGAGCAGUCAUGAUACAAACUUGAACUAAGGACAGCUGAUCAACCAAGAGCCAAUCAAUUCCAAAGAAUAAUAUCAUUGGAAAAUUGAACAUGCGUUUUUUAAUAAAUUUUUCUGUAAUAUUAUUCAAAAGAAUCACGAUCAUUUAAAAAUACAAACUAAAAAAUGUCGUAGUUAUUUUUUAAUUUUUUUAUUAAAAAAAAAAAAGGAACAAAG